AAUUAGUAGAACGUAUUGAAUUUACACUUUAGAGAACGCAACCACUCUAAAGAAUAUCAAUACAAAACAUAUCACAAUAAUAUAACAUAUCUAGAUCAUAAUCAAUGUUAGUGUAAGAAAGUGUGUGCUGCCUAUGUACUGGGCGCGCCGCCAUUGGUCGCGGGGGCCGGGUCGCGCGCGGGGGCCGACCAAUGGGCGCCGCGGCCCCGCGCAGUCGUAGCUCCAGCUGCUACGGCGCGGGGCCCCACGAUCGACAGAAGCUACGCCGCUCCUGCUGCGCCUGGGGACACAAAAAUGUGUUGGUGAAGUGAUCAGGGGCCGCCAUGCAGGGGCUGCAGGCCGCCAAGGAGAAGGCCUCGGGCCUCUUCGCCAACAAGCCGCUGCUCUUCAAAAACAGCCAAUAUGAGAACUUCCACGUGGAGCAGAAGGGCUACGACCAGAUGUACGAUGGGGAGGAUCUGGAGACACCACCUUCUCCAGAGAGACCACCGCCGAGGAAGAUCGACAAGUACGUGCGCGCGGAGUGUCCGUGCCUGAGCGUGCGGUACACGGUGGCUCUGCUGGCGUGCUUCGGCUUCAGCAUCAUGUUCGGCAUGCGGUGCAACAUGAGCAUGGCCAAGCUCAAGAUGACAGAGAAGCAUAACACGUCAGUAGGAGUAGAGGAGGAAGCGCCAUUCAACUGGACGGUGAGCGUGGAAUCGUCCAUCGACUCCUCGUACUUCGCCGGCUACCUGGUCACCCAGGUUCCUGGCGGUUUCAUGGCCUCCAAGUACCCAGCCAACAAGAUUUUCGGCGCCGCCAUCGUCGCGUCCGCGAUAUUCAACAUGGCCAUCCCCGGUGCUAUGUCAAUAGGCCCAGCUGCUGUGGUCAUAUUGAAGAUCAUGCAGGGGUUGGUUGAGGGCGUAACGUAUCCAUCUUGUCACGGCAUCUGGCGCAUGUGGGCUCCUCCUCUAGAACGUUCUAGACUGGCAACCCUGGCGUUCUGCGGCACGUACGCUGGCAUCGUCAUUGGCAUGCCACUGUCCGGCGUCCUCACCGACUACAUCUCCUGGCAGACGCCCUUCUACUUCUAUGGCAUCAUGGGUGUUAUUUGGUACGCAGCCUGGCUGUGGCUGGUGUUCGAGCGGCCGUGCAAGCACCCGCACAUCUCGGGCAAGGAGCUGACGUACAUCGAACAGUCCCUGGGCACCGCCUCCCAGGCCGCCAUGCCCAACUUCUGGUCAACACCCUGGAAGGCCUUCGCCACUUCACCACCGGUAUACGCGAUCAUCGUCGCCAACUUCUGCCGCACGUGGAACUUCUGUCUGCUGGUAAUCUUCCAGUCCGCAUACUUCAACACCAGGUUCAACAUGCAGAUCACUGAGUCCGGUUUCGUGGGCGCCAUCCCUCACCUGAUCAUGACGUCGCUGGUGCCCAUCGGCGGCAUGAUGGCGGACUACCUGCGCAAGAACAACAUCAUGACCACCACCAAUGUGCGGAAACUCUUCAACUGCGGCGGCUUCGGCCUCGAGGCGUUCUUCUUUGUACUCAUCGCCUACGCUGAUAAUAAGUACGUGGCAACGAUUGAGCUCACCCUCGGCGUGGCGUGCAGCGGCUUCGCCAUCUCUGGCUACAACGUCAACCACUUGGACAUCGCGCCGCGCUACGCCUCCAUCCUAAUGGGGCUGUCCAACGGUAUCGGGACACUGGCCGGGUUCCUCGUGCCCAUUGUCAUCGACUACAUGACGCAGGAGAAGGACCAGCUCGAAAAAGCCAUAACGGAGUGGCGACAAGUGUUCCUGAUGGGUGCGACGGUCCACUUCAUCGGCAUCACCAUCUACGGCAUAUUCGCGUCGGGCGAGCUGCAGCCGUGGGCCGAGCCGCCGCCAGAGUACGAGGAACCCAUGAAGGCGCUGGACCAGGAGACCACCUUCACGGACAACACAUCAGCGCCACUCAAGAGCGGGGAGCCACCCGCGUACGGCGCGAUGGCGGCGCCGCCCCCGCGCCCCGCGCCCCCGCAACCGCACGUGCCCAACAACCCCUUCGUCUCCGGCGCCCUGUACCAGGCCGAGCCCGUGCAGCCGCCCGCCCAAGACGACGGGACGUACUAAAGCAGUCGCUGGAACGAAAUUCGUACAUUGACCUUGGAAAUUGGGAUUGGUUAUUAGGGACGGCAGUUGACACAGAGUACAAUUGAACUUUAGAUAAUAAUAAUAAUUAACGUUAGCGGUCGAUUAAAGAUCAUACAAAUUCGCAAAAAAAGUUAAGGAUUGCCUUGGUCUAGCAGCUGAUGAAAAGUACCAAGGAAUAUCAGGUAAGUGACCUUUUCUAUAGGUGCACCAAGUUAGUAUACUACAGAGAAAGCGUUUCUUGUAAUCCUAAUGGACAAGAACUCUAAGGCUUACUGUCACACUGUCAUGUGUACUGGAUUACAAAGAUAAAUAACAUAAUAAUAAAGCUCGCAACAUAAGAUGUUUGCAGUCAGUGUAUCUAUGCGAAUAACACAGCAACAGCUAAGGUCAUAAGCAGACAGAGGUGUGUCAAUGUGCAAAUUUCAAGGUCUCUAGCGACUGGACUUUAGAGGUAAGCCCUACCCUCCGCCGCCACUCGCGAAGUCAAGCGAAGCUCUCCGCUUCGCUCAAUAUCUACUCGACCCGGGCGACUUCUGCCUGCCUAGCAUACGUCAACGAGAUA